UACCAGAAUUGUAACCAUGCCUGAACCAGCAGUGAAAGCAGCGAAGAAGGGCUCCAAGAAGGCGGUGACAAAGACCGCCGGCAAGAAGGACAAGAAGAGGAGAAAGACCAGGAAGGAGAGCUACGCCAUCUACGUCUAUAAGGUGAUGAAGCAGGUCCACCCCGACACCGGCAUCUCCUCCAAGGCCAUGGGCAUCAUGAACUCCUUUGUGAGCGACAUCUUUGAGCGCAUCGCCGGUGAGGCCUCCCGUCUGGCUCACUACAACAAGCGCUCCACCAUCACUUCCCGGGAGAUCCAGACCGCCGUGAGGCUGCUGCUCCCCGGGGAGCUGGCCAAGCACGCCGUGUCUGAGGGCACCAAGGCCGUCACCAAGUACACCAGCUCCAAGUAAACCGUCCCGCUGCCUUAAUCCCAUCAAACCAACGGCUCUUUUAAGAGCCACACACUUCGUCUUUAAGAGCAAAGCUCCUUUAAGUAUGUUAACUGUUGAUUUUAACGGUAAAGGUGAAGCUCUAGUGAGCCGUAUAACUUGUAUUGUGACGCGAAAACUUAACAUGUUGUGACAAUAUACUAUUGUGGCUGAACUAUAAGUGAACCGUGCGGUUCCGGCAUUGGAAGCCUGUGUUUCUUAAUUUUGUAGUCAAACCUGAUUAACAGACAACCUAAUAAAACCUCAGUCAUGUAAACC